UUAUUUGAUCAACAUUUUCUAAAGUAGAUAGCGUCGAGUUGGAACCGUUAUAAAUGCAAUCAAUUAAAAAAGAAUAACUUGUUUAACCGAUUUAAACCGAGUUGUUAGUGUUAAAGCGGAAUAUCCUCAAAGAACUUCAAUAUUUCGUGGGUGAAGAUGUUACGCAUUUGUGAUUAAAUAGUUAUAAAAGGCUGUCAUUUGAUAGACAUGAAUUCUACUGGUCAUGGUCAUUCGCCGACAGUUUUGUUUAUUUUCCUUUAUAUUUGUGUUUUUACUUCAACUUGGUGUCAAGUGUCAACGGUUGGAUGAAUUUAGAAAAGUUGAAGAUCUGGUGAAAAAAUGGUCUCCUGUGAUUUGGUUAUCACCAGAAGAAAAAUAUUUCCCACUCAAUGUCGACGAUUUUCUUAAAUACGUAUAUGUAUCUGAUGAAAAUGGUGAAACAGUUAUGCCUCAUCUAAACGGAAAGCUGCCCAUGUAUAUAACGGAACGAUUCAAUUUGAUGACACAUGAAUCUGUUGAGUCUCUAUUAAACGAUUCAACGUCAUUCCUUCAUGGAAAUUCCAACCUCAAUAAAGUCUCCGUUUACGCUGUUGUUCAUCACUGUUCAACGUCACCAAAGAGUGAAAAUGAAAAUAGGGUGCAGCGAAAUUUGGAAAAUAAUUUUUAUUUUCAUGUUACUUAUUGGAUAUUUUACCCGUUUAAUUUGGGAAAGGAUGUUUGUGUGCUUGGUAGAGUUCCCACAUUACAGGUAUUCAAUACAUGUUUGGGUAAAGUGAAAACAAUAGGAAACCAUGUAGGUGACUGGGAACAUAUGAGUCUUUCAUUUGUUGGUAAACCUAUACCUGAUAAACUAUACAUUGCAGCACACACAUCGGGAGCUUAUUACAUCUAUAAUGAAAAAUAUCGCAUUUUUCAGUUGGAUGGUACGAUAAAAAAAGUAGGACCAAGACCGAAAUUUCCUGAAAUUAUACGUACUCAAGGUGAACAUCCCAUAGUAUUCUCUGCAAAUGGUUCACAUGGUAUGUGGGCAACCCCGGGAAUACAAGAGUACAUGAAAGUACCAAAAGUUACAGAUAUAACUGGCUAUGGUACACCUUGGUUUACUUGGAAUAACCUCCGUAUUUUUCAUCUGGGAUACGAGAAUUUACCUUAUUGGUUUAACUUUGGAGGAAGGUGGGGUAAUCCGAAGAAAAAGUGCCUAUUAUUUAAGAAGUUAGGAAUUUGUGAAUAUUCCGACGGUCCUACUGGUAUUCUGAGAAAAAGACAACAUUUUUCCUGCAUUAAUAAUAUAUAAGUUUUAUAAAUAAAAAAAUUAUAAAUUC